AUGAAAUGGAUAUUUAUAGCAAUAUAUAUUCUGCCAACAUGUCUUGGAUUUUUUAAACAGAAUGAAGAGGCAAAAAGCAAUUGUUAUGGUAGUAUAAUGUGUGGGCUAUCUAUGCUAGGCAAUUGCUGGCAAGCAAUUGAAAAAUAUGAGGACAGCAAACAAUAUUCAGGAUAUACAAGUCGAACGGAGUCAGGUUUCGGGUAUGGUUCGGGGUGUACAAUUAUUUUUACAUGUGAAGAUAAACCAUAUGUAACUAUAACUGGAAAGGAAAUAAAAGAUAGAGCAGGAGGUAUAGUUAAAAAAUGUGGAGAAGACCCAGGUAUUCCUUGUGGGUCAGAAUACAUUAAUAGAGUAGAAGAUAAAUGUAGAGUGACAGUAAAUUAUUGCGCAGAAUGUUAUGAUCGUGGUUAA